AUGCCCACUGAUGAGAAUCCAGCAGAUUUAAUAUCUAGAGGUGUCUCCCCCGAGGACUUGAAGGAGUCUAAACUUUGGUGGAAUGGUCCUCAUUGGCUUCAAGAUGAGAACAAGAGGCCUACAGAGAUGAAAAACCCAGUAACAGAUUUGCCUGAAGUGAAAAUUACUGAGGUCACUUUGACAUCGAUGUUACCGACAAAAAUACUCCAAAGGUGUUCAUCAGAAUCUUUCAGCGAAACGAGCAGAAUUGUUCCGUACUGCUUUCGCUUCCUAUCUGCGUUUACCGAGCAGAAGGAACCCAGUCCACUGAAUGUUGAAGAGCUGAAUAAAGCUGAAAAAACAAUCAUCAAGUUGGUACAGCACCAAGAAUUUCCAAUCGAGUUGCACUGUCUAAAGGAAGAGCGUGAAAUUCCUGAUAAAAGUGUAUUACGAGGGAGAUUGAAAUAUGCCAGUGUGUCAGAGAAUCAGAAGCAUCCGAUGGUACUACCAGCUAAAAAUCACAUCACCAACAUUAUCAUACGUGAUGAGCAUGUACGCCUGCACCACUGUCCCCCAGAGCAACUGCUGCAUCCCGUUCGACAGCGAUUUUGGCCCCUCAGUGGGCGUAAAGAAGCACAGAAGGUCGUGAAACACUGCCUCAAGUGUUUUCGGUUCAAUCCGAGGAUCCCUGGCAUCAUGAUGGGAGAACUACCCAAGGAAAGGGUAAGAGGAGAUCAACGUCCCUUCACUGUUAGUGGUGUUGAUUAUGCUGGCCCUAUACAGGUGAGAGAAAGUCGACGCAGAGGUCGCAUUCAUAUCUCCAAGGGUUACAUCGCUGUAUUCGUUUGUUUCGCCACAAAGGCUGUCCACCUCGAAUUGGUGAGUGACCUCACAACUGAAGCCUACCUCGCCGCUUUGAAUCGAUUUACAGCGCACCGUGGAGUGUGCUCGCAGUUGUACUCGGACAAUGGGACCAACUUCGUUGGAACAUCUCGAGCGUUAAGUGAAAUUUUUGAAUUUCUCACCAACAAUGAGACAGAGCUUGUUGAACGUCUUGCCAAGCAACGCAUCAGCUGGAGUUUUAUUCCUCCUCGCUCGCCACAUUUUGGUGGUUUGUGGGAAGCGGCGGUGAAAAUCAUGAAGAGACAUCUCAACACCGUCACUCAAGGUCGAGUUAUGACGUAUGAGGAAUAUUCCACUCUGUUGACCGAAAUAGAGGCGAUCCUCAACUCUCGUCCGCUAACUCCAUUGACUAACCACCCUGAUGAUCUUCAGGUUCUUAAUCCAGCACAUUUUUUGAUUGGUGACUCAUUAUUACAACCUGAAUACCUCCAGGAACUGAAGAAGAGGGUGAAAUGGACUGAUUCAAGUGAACCUAUUGGGCUAAAUACUCUGGUUUUGCUCAUUGAAGACAACGUAUCACCUCUUCACUGGCCUUUGGGUCGUGUUAUUGAGCUCCACCCUGGAGCUGAUGGUCUAGUCAGGGUCGUAACUGUCAAGACCUCAACUGGGAACUUCAAACGUACUGUGAAGAAGAUCUGCCCCCUACCAAUGGACGUGGGCGAAGAUUAA